CGCCUUCCGCCGCAUUAUCCUCCCCUCCAGAACCCUAACCCUAGCAAACCAACCAUUCCCCUCCCGCGCGCGAUCCAUCACCAUGGAUUCCGAUCAGGACUCCGACGACGACUGGGUCCUCCUGGACUCGUCCUCUGACGACGACCGCGUCCUCGCCCUCUCCUCCGGCUGCACCUCCCCCGACUGCCGCUCCGACGACGACGAGGAGGUAGUCGCCGACGGCCCCGAGGGACUCUUCGAACUCGAGGACGUCGAGGAGGUCCCCCAAACGCCACCGCCGCCGCCCAAGGCCAUCUCCGGCAUCUUCUACCACACCCUCACCGGCGCCGUGUCCUACGCUGCCUUCGACACCAUCUGCUGCUGGCCUCCCAAGCAGCUCAUCCCGGACCCGGCCUUCUCCACCUGCUCCGAGGGGGUCACAGUCCUCGCCUCCACCCGUGGUCUCGUCUGCCUCCGCGGGACCACCACCGGCGCCUACUUCAUCGCCAACCCCACCACCUUGAAGCGGACCCGCCUCCCGCGCCACCACUGCGACCACGUCGCACACGGGGACCCGGCAGUCGUCAUCACAUUCGACGACCCCUACAACAGCUGCGCCGACCACUGCGGCCACUACCACGUCGUCGUCGCCUUCCCCCUCGGCGAAGGCACCUACGCCUACGAGUCCUUCUCCUCCAGGACCUGGCAGUGGCGCGUCGCCGGCGGGAUCAGCGCCGUCGAGCAGGUGGUGUCCUCCUCCGGGGUGGGCGCACUCGGCCGCGCCUUCUGGCGCACCACCCUUGGCUACUUCGUCUGCUACGAUCCGCUGGCGGCCACCGCGGAUUUGGUCCCCGCGCCCCAGGAGGUGAUGCAGUGGCCGUGCUGGGAGCUCGGCGAGAUGGAGGGGUUCCUCUGCGUCACGUUCAUGGACGAGCUCGUCAACCAGGUGGUGGUGAUCCGCCUUCACUUGGAGCACCGCGCCGGCGAGAUCUCGUGGACUACUUUGACAGGCCAUUUUGAAGGCGGCUGUCUAAGGAACCGCGACGGGGUGAUGCUGCUACGCUCGCAGGGCCCCGCUGAGGUGCUGAUGUGGGACCCUACGGCCGAGCUCGUCGUCGCCAUGGACCUCGAAGGACGCACCACUCGCACCAUCGGGCCCCUCUCCGGCCUUCAGUACUAUGCGGAUUUCAUCCCUUACGUGAGCUCAUCCACUGGGAUCUUCGGCGAUGAAGCGGAUGCUGAGUGUACUAUUGCUGCUGAUGCUGAGGCAUAUUAAGGUCCCAACUAAAUCUUAACGAUGGCAGGUGCUAAAAUUGGGGUGAUUUGUUGAUGCCAAGAAGAAAUAAUGAAGCUUUCAGACGUGUGCAGCAUAAUGGAAAGCAAGAAGCAGCAUUCUUUCAACCGCAUUUUUGCAGUCUCUAGUUGUCAUACAAACUACGUAUUAUUCCUAGGUCUCAUGGCUGCCCUGUACAAAGGUAGAGGCAGACGUCCAACACUCCGUCCAAACUGGUUAGCGAGUAGCUUAACACAGGGGAACUUGUAUGCCCUCCUGUGUGCGGCGAUCUCUUGUUUUGUGCAUGAGAACUAUGAUCUGGUUGGUGCUUUUGAAAUGGCUGUUCCUGAAACGUCUGCUUUUUCCAUCUACAUUAGUUGGUUGCCUGAGUUUUUGACGCUUCCUGUUGUUUGUAGGAGGAUGGUGUACCCUUUCAAUUCCAUAUUUCUGAAUCCUAAGCACUGAAGCAUUGAACGUGCCUGGAUUCAUCUGAACAUUUCUGAAUCCUGAACAUUUAGAUGCGCUCUCGCUCUUUCCCCUC